AUGGGUAGUCAUCAUUCCACCCCAAAUGGCAGCAUCGACACGAACGCACUCGAGUGGGAUGUGGACAUGAACAACGUCAAGGCCACCGGCCUGGUGACCAUCGAGAUCAUCGGGACAGGAUGCCAGUCAGGCGAGACAUGGACUGUCGGUAGCACAAGCGCGUCUGGAGCCCGGGUGCAUUUUGUCGUGAAUUCGGGCAGGCACGCGAUGGUGCUUCUGACCGGCGGCUUCUACUCAACGAACCAACCGGGGAAGACAUAUGCUUAUGUCCUCAUCGAGCGCAUAGUGGACCAUCAAAAGUACAGGCUCAUUCAUAACAUCAAGCAGUACACGGGCUGGAAAUCGUGGGAGCUCUAUGAUUGCGGCAUCACGAUGGCCACUGCAGACAAGUUGGUCGAUAUCGCCAGGGAAGAUCUUAAGCGCAGGUGGGCGUCUGAUUUUCGCAACCCCAUGCAGAAUGGCGAGGAAAGCUUUUGCCUCUUCUACGCCAUGAACGUGCUCCGCGCCCUGGGGGUCCUCAAGAAUCUCAAGCCGGUGGACGCAGAGUUGUGGACUAAGGACCAGAUGUCACAGAUCAUCAAAUUUGUGGACCCUUCGUGGAAGUCGCCACCGGAGUGGCCUUGCGUGCUGAUGUGA